AUGACAACAGGCAGCUCAACCAGCAAUAUCUACUCUCUCCUGGACUUGGUCCGUACAAACAUAGUGUCAUGCAGGCAUUGCAAUCACACCUACAAGGACCCGCGCAUUCUCCCUUGCCUGCACACAUUUUGUCGAACAUGCAUCCUAGAACUAGUCACAACAAACGCAGGUGGAAAGACCGUUAACACCAAAACCACCAAGAAGGGUUCUCCAGCGUCAACCACCACUACUCCUAACACCCUCUGUUGUCCUGUUUGCAAAGAAGUUAUCCAGCUCUCCAGAGAAGACGUUAAGAAACUGGACACCAAUCCCUUCCUGGAGCACCUGCUGGAGAUCUGCCAUUGCCAGGACGACCAGCCAAAGCAUUGUGAAUACUGUAAGUUUGACAAGAAGGAGGUGGCAGCCACGGCCAGGUGUCUGGAGUGCCAGGAUGACAUGUGCGACCACUGCACAGAGGCACAUAAGAGGACCAAGCUGACCAGGAACCACAAAGUGGCACCCUUCAAAGAGAUGCAGCUGGGAAAAUAUGACGAGGAUAUAAGGUCAAACCAGCAGAUCCAGUGUCCCCAGCACAAAAAGGAACCCAUCACACUGUUUUGUACCCAGUGUCAACAGCUGGUCUGCCGAGAGUGCAAAGUCCACGCCCACGACAGCCACACAUGGUCCAGUCUACAGGAAGCUGGUCAGCAGUAUGGUGGACGUAUACAGACCCUACUGGACACCAUCAAGAAUAAGAUCCCUGGCAUAGAAGAGUACCUGAACUAUAUGGAGACAUACACAUCUGAACUGGACAAAAAGAGAACACAGACUAACGAAACCAUUGAAGAACAGGCGGAAACCCUGAAGGCAAUGAUAGAUGAUCACAAGAACGGCCUGCUGAAGGAAGUCAACGAAGCAUGCGAUAAUGAGCUGGAGCAUGUGAGAACGAAGCGGGAGGCCAUCACGGCCACCCUGCACUCUCUGCAGUCCCAUGACCAGGACCUCCAGAAGCUUGUGCAGUUUGGGAAAGGGGAGGAGAUCCUGUACCUGCAAAAACAGGUCACCAAGAGACUUACUGAACUAAUAUAUCUGGAGAUUGACGGUCUUAAAAGCUCUCUCUCCAUCGAGUUCAAAGAAGGCAAUGCCACUAAGGAGAAUGUGGAAAUCCUUUUUGGUAAGGCAGAACUGUGUGGGCUAUCAAUGGGGAAAACUAAUAUUGGAUCCUUGAGCAACAUUAAGGUUCCCAUGUCCUCUGUGCUACCCAACAUAUCUGGCAGUCCUGAGCUCCAGCUGGAGUUUGAAUGCAAAGGUGUGUAUGACCACAAGGAGAUCUGGCCCAGCGGUAUAGCUGUCAAUCAGAAGGGAGACAUGUUGGUGGUGGACAGAGACAACAAGAGGAUCAAGGUGUACAACUCCCAGGGGAAGUACCUCAACGACUUUGGUGGAAUGGGCAAAAACAUCCUGUGGUGUCCGUACGAUAUCGCCAUCAUGAAGAACGGCAACUUGGCUGUGACAGACAACGAGAAGGAAGAUGUGAAGAUUUUCUCUCCACAGGGGGAUGCAGUCACAAUUAUUCACAGCCACUUUAAGCAUCCUAGGGGGAUUGCAGUCAACAGCAAGGGUCAGCUGAUAGUGGUGGACUGUGGGAUGAGAAGACUGACCAUCCAUGAUCCAGACACAGGACACAUCGUCCAGACCAUCCCAGCCAAACAGGAGGACAGUCACAACUACUUCACUGACCCGUACUACGUGACCGUCACCAGCAAUGACUCCAUCAUAGUCACAGACUGGGCUGCUCCAAAUAUCAAAGUGUUCAGCUCGGAGGGGAAGCUGAUCGGGGAGCAUGGCACCUACGGAAUCCAGGAGGAUCAGAUACUGGAACCCUACGGCGUGUGCACAGACGCCUUCGGAUACAUCUUCGUGGCGGACAACCUCAAUCAUAGGGUCCACUUGCUGCUGCCAGAUGGACGGUUCAAGAAGUUUAUCUUGACCAAGCUGGACAAACUGUGGCACCCUAUGGCGUUAAGGAUUAACCACCGCGGAGAGCUGGUUGUUACGGAGGCAUUAGGCAAGGUUAAAGUCUUCAAGUAUUUGUGA